GGUACUAGGAGGCUUGUUAGCAGAGGCGGGAAGGAAAGGGUAGUAGCGUGGCUUAGCGGAAUGGCGGAUACGUUGGAGUUUAAUGAUAUUUAUCAGGAAGUUAAAGGUUCUAUGAAUGAUGGUCGAUUGCGCUUGUCCCGUGCUGGCCUCAUGUACAAGAAUAAUAAAACUGGAAAGGUGGAGAACAUUUCUGCUGCAGAUAUUGCUGAAGUGGUAUGGCGACGUGUUGCCCUUGGACAUGGCAUAAAACUGCUGACAAACGGAGGGCAUGUGUACAAAUAUGAUGGCUUUCGGGAGACAGAGUAUGAUAAGCUAUUUGAUUAUUUCAAGUCACAUUUUAGCGUGGAAUUGGUCGAGAAGGAUUUGUGCGUGAAAGGAUGGAACUGGGGCAGUGUAAGAUUUGGAGGACAGCUGCUUUCGUUUGAUAUAGGAGAUCAGCCAGCCUUUGAACUUCCUCUUAGUAAUGUUUCUCAGUGUACUACAGGAAAGAAUGAGGUGACACUUGAAUUUCAUCAAAAUGAUGACUCUGAGGUCUCUCUCAUGGAGAUUCGUUUCUAUGUUCCUCCCACACAGGAUGAUGGAGGGGACUCUGUGGAGGCAUUUGCUCAAAAUGUUCUCUCUAAAGCGGAUGUGAUCCAAGCAACAGGUGAUGCAGUUUGUAUAUUCCGAGAGCUCCAGUGUCUUACCCCACGUGGACGUUAUGAUAUACGUAUAUAUCCUACGUUUCUUCACUUGCAUGGAAAAACUUUUGACUACAAAAUUCCAUACACUACCGUUUUGCGCCUUUUCUUGCUGCCGCACAAGGACCAGAGACAGAUGUUCUUUGUAAUUAGCCUGGACCCACCCAUAAAGCAGGGACAGACACGUUACCACUUUCUGAUACUGCUCUUCUCAAAAGAUGAGGACAUGACUUUGACACUCAACAUGAGCGAGGAAGAGGUUGAGAGGCGCUUUGAGGGAAAGCUAAAAAAGAGUAUGUCAGGCUGUCUCUAUGAGAUGGUCAGUCGUGUUAUGAAGGCUUUGGUAAAUCGCAAGAUAACUGUUCCAGGAAACUUUCUGGGCCACUCUGGAUCACAGUGCAUUACAUGUUCAUACAAGGCCAGUUCGGGGUUGCUCUAUCCAUUGGAACGUGGCUUUAUCUAUGUUCAUAAACCACCUGUGCACAUUCGGUUUGAUGAAAUCACCUGUGUCAACUUUGCCCGUGGUACCACAACUACACGCUCAUUUGACUUUGAGAUAGAAACAAAGCAAGGAUCACAGUAUACAUUCAGCAGCAUUGAAAGAGAGGAAUACGGAAAGCUGUUUGAUUUUGUGAACGCUAAAAAACUGAGUAUUAAGAAUAGAGGUCUGAAAGAGGGUAUGAAACCAGCAUAUGAUGAUUAUGCAGACUCUGAUGAAGAUCAGCAUGAUGCUUAUCUAGAAAGAAUGAAAGAGGAGGGGAAGAUUCGUGAGAAUGCAGAUAGCGAUGAGUCUGGUGAUGAAACUGAUGAAUCAUUUAAUCCAGGAGAGGAAGAAGAGGAAGUUGCCGAAGAGUUUGAUAGUAAUCCCUCUGCAAGUUCCUCUAGUGCUGACAGUGAUGAUGAUACAGACAAAAAAAAAGAUGCUAAAAGAGCUAAAAUUGUUAAACAGAAGAAACCAAGAAAAAAACCAGAGGCAAAAAAAACCAAAGACCCAGGUGCUCCAAAGCGUCCCAUGUCUGCCUACAUGCUGUGGUUAAAUGCGAGUCGGGAGAAGAUUAAAAGUGAGAACCCAGGGAUCAGCAUAACUGACCUAUCCAAGAAAGCAGGGGAAAUUUGGAAGAACAUGAGCAGAGAUAAAAAGGAGGAGUGGGACAGGAGAGCAGAAGAAGCCAAGAGGGAUUAUGAAAAAGCUAUGAAAGAGUACAAUACAAGUGCACCUACUGAAGCAUCUAAAAAGGAGAAAAAAACAAAAGGAGAGAAAAAGAAAGCAGAGACGUCUGAAAAGAAAAAACAAAAACCAUCAUCACCCGCCAGAGCUGCACCGAAAUUGAAUUCGGAGAGCUUCAAAAGCAAAGAGUUUGUAUCCAGUGAUGACAGUUCUUCUGAUGACAGCGCACAGAAAAAAGAUUCAGAGGAAAUUGCCAGCACUCCAGCUAGCUCAGCUGAAUCGGGUUCAGAUUAAUCAAGCCAUCCCAUAAAAAUAGUUCUGCGUUUUUGUAAAUGUUAACAAUAUAAUUUUGGUGUAAUAUUAAAAUUUACAUCAUUAUGAUUGUCUUCUUUUGAUUCCAGUCUUCAAUUUUUGUAUCAAUGUUUAUUUCUUUUGUUACAUUUAUGCUUAAAAAUAAAAUGUUAAAUUCUUGUGA